AUGUCGCUCAAUCUGGAGAAGCACCUGCGCUUCUAUGGCGCAUAUCACCAUGAUGCUGUCAACAUCGGCAUCCAUAUGGUCGGCGUUCCUGUCAUCCUCUGGACUUUCUUCCUCCUCGGCACGAAUACCCCGGCUCUGGUGAAACUGCCUCAAUCGAUAACCAUCCCCAACCUCGAUCUCAAUGUCGGCACGAUCUCCUGCCUGUCUUACUGUGCUUUAUACAUCUUGCUGGAGCCGGUGGCAGGAACCAUGCUGUCGGCAUUGCUGUUGGCAGGCACUGCCUAUGCAAAACAUCUUACAACAGCCUACGGAAUGACGGCGAAUUACUGGGCAGUGGCAGCCUUUCUUGCAUCAUGGAUAGCCCAGUUCCUUGGGCAUGGGUUGUUUGAAGGUCGAGCCCCGGCGCUUCUGGACAACAUAUUCCAAGCAUUCUUCCUGGCCCCCCUGUUCGUCUGGCUCGAGCUCCUUUUUGCACUGGGCUAUAGGCCCGAGCUGAAGAGCCGAAUGGACAAGAUGGUGGUCGAGGACAUUGCCAAAUUCCGAGAAUCCAAGGCCCGCAAGACCCAUGGAACAACCAACGGAAAUGCCAACGGCCACGUCAAACAAUCUUAA